UGUGAUCAUCUGUUAGUGCUGCAGCAUCACAGGAUGAAGCACCGUAUCCAGGCAUAUCACAACAAACCCUUCAGGAAACACUGGCUCCAACACAAGAGGGUGUCUAGUGAGAAAGUGAAGGCGGGGUCUGUGGUUCUGUGGAAGACAGCACUGAUCAACUGCAUUACUUCACAUCACAGCUCAUGAGCUGGAACUUUUGAUGAUAUACAAGGUUGGAUGUACUUAACUAUCCAUUUUAUUUUAUUUUUAUUUUUUUUUUCUAUUUUUCUUUUGACAUCUCAAAACGUUUUAUCAUUUUGUCUUGAAUAUAUAAUAAUGAAAUAAGAUAAAAGCAUGUGUUUUAAAAUAGAGUGCAUAUCUCUGGCAUUAUGGCAGAUCAAAUGUUGGUGUUCUUUCACCUGCAAGAGAUGAAGAGAAAUUCAUUUGGAUAGAUAUAUUUCUAUAUUGCGAAGGACAGUGAGAAGCCAUCAGAAACAACAAGCAAACAUGGAGACAUUUACAAUUCACGAUAUGCUCAUCAAUUCCACUGAUAUUUAUAAAAUAUUAUGUGGACUGGGAAUCGGGAAUUUGUCGGAGUGCAAAAAUGACAAUAACGGCACGUCCGAGCCAAAAGACAUGAACCAGACGGUGCGGAUCGUGCUGUAUGUGCUCAUCUUCCUCCUGAGCUUCAUAGGAAACAGCCUGAUCAUCACGGUUCUGGUGCGGAACCGGCGCAUGCGGACGGUCACGAACCUGUUCCUGCUGUCUCUGGCCGUCAGUGAUCUGAUGCUGUGUGUCUUCUGCAUGCCCUUCACACUCAUCCCAAACCUCAUGAAGGACUUCAUCUUCGGCACCGGCAUGUGCAAAGUGGCCACGUACUUCAUGGGUAUUUCGGUGAGCGUAUCCACAUUCAACCUCGUGGCCAUCUCUCUGGAGCGCUACAGUGCCAUCUGCAACCCCUUUAAGUCCCGCACAUGGCAGACGAAGUCCCACGCUGCAAAAGUCAUCACAGCCACUUGGGUCGUGUCUUUUCUGCUCAUGCUGCCUUAUCCGAUCGGCAGCACCCUGGUGCCUUUCAUGCGCAGUAACAACAGCACAGGCAACAUGUGCCGCUUGGUCUGGCCCAGUGAUGUUAUGCAGACCUGGUAUGUUUUCCUGUUGCUAAUACUCUUUCUCGUGCCUGGGAUCAUAAUGAUGACGGCUUAUGGCCUCACCUCACUCGAACUCUACAGGGGAAUCAAAUUUGAAAUGGCUAACAGGAAGUCAAACAGAGAGAAAGAAUAUGGCACAUCCAAUCUGAAAAAUGGUGACGGCGAUGGCUGCUACCUCCAACCCUCCAAGAGAAAGCGUCCCGAACCCACGAUGCCCAGCUUCAGCAACCCAAAAUCCAAACUGAGAAGGGUUUGCAGCAACAGCCCUACAGCAAACCUCAUGGCCAAGAAACGAGUCAUUCGCAUGCUGCUAGUGAUCGUGGGGCUGUUCUUCCUCUGCUGGACACCGAUCUUCGUCGUUAACGCCUGGCGAGCCUUUGACAGACGUUCAGCCGAUCGUGUCCUCUCAGGAGCGCCGAUAUCCUUCAUCCACUUGCUGUCCUACACCUCUGCCUGUGUCAACCCUAUAGUCUACUGUUUCAUGAACAAACGCUUCAGACAGGGUGUGCUGGCGACGUUCAGCUGCUGUCGGGAUGAUCUGGAUGAAGUGAGCAGGAGCAGCACCCGGCGUAGCACCAGAGGAGCUGGAGGGCUGGGAACGCUGUUUGGAGGAAGCGGUGGGAGCAGACAGGCUGACGGUAACACACAAAGCUCAGGAACACUUACGAGGCUUACUGACACCAGUAUUCGUGGUUCGGCACAAGCAUAACUGACACUCACUUCACCCUGAAAUUUUCAGUAUAAGAAACCCAGCACCAAGUAAAGUGUAUAGAACAGUGUCAAAAUCAUUCAAAGCUUUGCAAAGUUUAGUAAAAUGGCUGCUAACGGAAGAGAGAGACUCGUACUGGUGAUAAAUGAGAGCACAAGCAUGCAGACAAUGACUGCCAAUAGCACUGAAAUGCUGAUAGAUUCCAGUGCUUAAUUUUAGUACGUCACUGUUAAAUAAACAGCAGUACCAAAUGGAGCAAGACUGUGGCUUCCAGUCCUCAUUAGAGCUAUGACUUACAAACGUACAGAGACUUUAUAAGCCAUAAAUAAGUUUUGUCCUUUUGGCUCUCUAAUUUUCUGGCUCACCUAGAGGAAUUCAUUUGCUUUUCUUGGUAUUUUAGUUUUGUGUGUGUUACUGUCAAAAGCAAUCAUCCAGAUGUUUUGAGAACAUUCUAAUAUAGCUUUUAACUACACUACCAUUCAAAAGACUGGUUGAGGUUGAGAUGUUUUUGAAAGAAGCCUCUUAUGCUCACCAAGGCUGCAUUAGUUUAAUCAAAAAUGCAGCAAAAGAGGAACAUCGUGAAAAAUCUUCAGUGUCACACGAUCCUUCAGAAAUCAUUCCAAUGCUAUGCUAAAUAUUUAUAAAUGUUGAAAACAAGCUUAAUAUUUUUUUUUCUGAAAACCAUAUAUUUUAUAGCAUAAAUGUCACUUUUUAUCAAUUUAAUGCAUCCAUGCUUAAUCAAAAAAUGUUCAUUUCUUUGAAAACUAAAAAUCUUACUGACCCCAAAUGUUUGAAUGGUAGUGUAAAUAUCUGACAUCUGAGAUCAGUUCUGAGUGUACGCUGACCUAUAUUUGAUAUUUUGUUCGUCACAUCUGCUUUAGUAACGACUGCACAGAUCAUUCUGUUUGAUAAAUAUACGACACACAUACUUAAAACCACUUUGGAUUCUUUGCCAAUACCACAUAAACAUGCGAAUAUGUGUAAACUGUGUAGAAAAUUUACCAACUGGUAAUUGUGUAAUGUCCAUAUGUUGAUGUGUAGCAUUAGCCGGUUUCUGCUAGGAAAGUACACAUUGAUGUCUUUAUCUUGUGUGUUGGUUCAGCCGCACUGUUUGUACAUAGAGUCUGUCCUUAUCAUUGCAUGAGACUUUUCACACCUGUUGUGCACUUCAAAGAACCUACUCAAGGCUGCUUCUGACAUCUGGGCUAUUUUCACCAGGACACGUAAUCUGUUUGUUUGUAAUAUUUGUAUAUGCCAAACUCACAUUUUUAUUUUCCUCUCUCAUUGAGAUGAACAAGUUGACAGCAUAUUCAUAAAAUAACAGGAUGUUGUAAUGCUGUUGAGAAGACACACACAUCCAUAUGCUCUCUAACACUGACUGUAUGUCUGUACAAUACUGACACAUUAAAAUGUGUAAAGUCUGAAUCCAAUGUCUAAUGUCUAUACCAGCAGAUUUAACCACUCCAAAAAAUAAAUACCUACUUAUUAAAGAAAACGUUUCAAAACCCUGAGGAGAUUCACGUAUGCCAGUUUAUAUAUCAUCAAAUGCAUUAAUAUUUUAGGAGUGCUUUGUAUGAAAUGCAACCUGAGGGUCGGUCCAAAAUUUUCCUAUGGUUUUUUUUUUCUUCGUUUUGUUUUACAGUUGCAUCACUGUAUUCUUGUGAAGUGCACACAUUAAAACUUAAAAACUUGUUUUUAUCAGACAGCAUUUAGGAAGUUAUGCGUGUUUUAUUUCUUUUAACAAAAAUUUUAAAAGCCAUUCAUAAAAACGUUAACCGGAUGCUCCUGUAUUAUACGGUUUAUGUCAGAAGCAUGUGGUGGAGGCACCUGGUUAACAGCUGAUGUGAUAAAAAUUGUCAACUUACUUAAAACAUAAAAGACUGUGUUAGACUGACUUCAAAAUAUGGACAAAAACAGCUGAAACGUUCUAUAAAAUAUCUUCUUAUAGGUUUGAGUAAAUGAUGACAGAAGUAUUUUCGGAUGAACUAUCCCUUUAAGAAUUUGCAAGUUCAACCCAGGCUACAAAAUAACUGCAAUCAGGCCUGCUUUAUCUCAUCUAUUAGCCAUUAAGGAUAAAAAGAAGUCUGUGAAAUGACAUAAAACAUGGAAUGACCCAAUAAAAACAUUUGGGUGGCUAAAUGGAAAUAUAGUUGGCUGACAGUGUGGCGCUAAAUAUUUGACAAAUUGAGAAAUUCUUUCCAAGGCAGUACAGCAACCUAAACAAAAUGAGGCAUAAAAUAAUUUAAAAAAUGUUUUGGUAAGUUAUCAAAAAGCCUGUUCAGGGUUUUUUAAGACGUGGCAGUAUUACAAAAGGAAUAUACAAGAGAUUUCGA